AGGACGUGUGCACAAAUGGAUGAUGCUGAGGAGCCCGACGCAGCAUCCACUUGACCCUCUGUGUUGAAUUGUUUGUGUAUUCGUGUUGCCUUUUAAGUACAUUUACCUGCAAAAGCAACCGUGCGGCUGUAACAAUGUCGAUGUCAACAUUUCAAAAGGUUACGCUCGUGUCUUGUCUCGUGCUCUGCGUUGCUCUUCUGCUUCCGAAAAUGCUGCUCGGCGGAGGGAAGGGUGCACAGACCGAGGGUUCAGGACGGUUUCCUCCCAUGGUGCACCGGCAGAUGGCCCCGGACAGUCAGGGCCAGAGGGCUGCUGGGUCCACCAGGGCACACAACACCGAGGCUAUCGCCAGGGCUAAGGGGGGUGGGGGCACAGGGGUAGGGACCGGGGGCAAGUCCAACCUGGCAGGGCAGAUCAUCCCCAUCUACGGCUUUGCGAUCCUUCUUUACAUCCUCUACAUCCUGUUUAAGAUAACCUCAAAGGGGAAGUGUGCUGUACCUACUGAACCCAGAUUUCCCUCAGUGAGAGCAGAGAACCGGAAGAGAAAGAUCACGGACUUUGAGCUGACUCAGCUGCAGGAUAAGCUGAGGGAGACAGAGAUGGUGAUGGAGAGGAUUGUGUCCAAAGCCAGCUACAGUCCUGAAAGGGUGACAGGGGUGAGUGCCGACCAGGAGGAGAGACUGCUUCUCCAGCUGAGAGAGAUCACGCGGGUGAUGCAGGAGGGCCGCCUGGUGGAGGGGGUUGCCCCCGCAGAGAUGGGGGCACAACACUGGGAAGGUUUCCCAGAGGAUCCCCAUCCAUGCUGGGAAGAGCCCUUCUGUGGAUACGACCAUACCCAGGCGACCAGCACCGAAGAGCAGCCAGAGAGGACCGACGAGUGUGGGGCUUACCAUGAGAAGGGUGGGGCUUACCAGGAGAAGGGUGGGUCUGACCAGGAAGAGGGUGUGGCAAACGAGGAGAUUGGGGUUGACCAGGAAGAGGUCAGGGCUGACCAGAAAGACUUUGGGCUUAACCAGGAAGAGAGCGUAGUUGACCAAGAGGUGGUUGGGGUUGACCAGGAUGAGGGCAGGGCUGACCAGAAAGACGUUGGGCUUAACCAGGAAGAGAGCGUAGUUGACCAGGUGGUGGUUGGGGUUGACCAGGAAGAGGGCAGGGCUGACCAAAAAGACAUUGGGCUUAACCAGGAAGAGAGUGUAGUUGACCAGGAGGUGGUUGGCGUUGACCAGGAAGAGGGCAGGUCUGACCAGAAAGAAGGUGGGCUUGACCAAGAAGAGAGCGUAGUUGACCAGGAGGUGGUUAGGGUUGACCAGGAGGUGGUUAGGGUUGACCAAGAAGAGGGCAGGGCUGACCAGGAGGAGGGUGCAGCUGAGGAUGAUGUAGGUGUAGCUAAGGCAGGGGCUGAUUUGAAUACUGAUGAGGAGGGAGGUGCUGAUUUGGCCACUGGGAAUGAGGAAUGUGGGGCUAAGCGUGAUGUGGGUGGGACUGAGGUGGAGAAAGCAGAAAUGGACAGGGAGGAGGGUUGGGCCAAUGACAAGCUGGGUCUGGCUGAUGAAGACAGGGGUGGUGCAGAGGAGGAGCUUGAGUUUACACUGAAGAUGCCCACCAUGUUGGAGCGAGAGGAAAAGGACGGUGUUAACCUGUCAACUGAGAUGUCAACUAGCCGUUCUCGUGUUAGAAGGAAAAGGAACAAGAAGCAGAAGAAAUGACCAAAAGAAAACAACGUUGAUUGACUUCCCCUAAAUUCCUUCCUAUAAUUGGGAAAGUAGAGUGCGCCCCACAAACUUGAGUCUGGCUAUGUCCGUCUAGCAACAUUUCUUCCUAGCCUCCAAUGCUUCCAAACAGGAUGGGCCAUCGCAUGAAGGUUAGCAGUAGCCAGUCUAUAAACAUAGGAUCAAAAAGCUCCACCCGAGAAAGAUGGUAUCUCUUCCUAAGUGACAGUCUGAAGCAGAAGUCAUACCCACAGUAUUGUACCAAUGCUUUGUUCAGAUGUUCACUAUCGCAUAAUAGCUUUGGCACAAUGCGCAUUACAGUGAACUGAAUGAUUUGGAAGGCACUGUGCUCCUACGGUCUUGAUUCACAUCUGGGCUUGAGAGGAUGCUUUUUGUCCUCUUAGUGCAAUAAACCAUAAUUAGAAUACAUGGGAAUGAUCUUAUUUCAUGGGUAUAAGUUAUUGAAAAAGCAUUCACUUUUAUACACCAUUUAUUCACUACUGAUGACUAUAUACCCGUAUGUCAGCGUUACAAAAAAAGUAACUACUGUGGAAUCUCACAAAUAAAAUAUUCUGGUUUGA